GCAAAAAUCGAAAAAAUAAUAAAAACGAAAAAAAGAAGUGUGCGAAAUACGAUUCCCGCUUCGAUCCUACGAUUCAAUCCAAACCAGCGCCAAAAAAUUCCGCUUCUCUUCUCUUUCUUCUCCCUCUAUUUAAAUUCCUCACCUCUCUCUUCGGGUACCCGAACCGAACCAACCCGAACCGACCCGACUAACCUUAUCGGAAAAAAUGUUCGGCAGAAUCAGAGCUUCUCCGUCGUCGCUUGACAGUUUGGAAUUCUCUCCUCCAUCAAAGAUUCUCAAAGACGAUUCCUUCUCUAUCUACGAGGCUACUCUCAUGAAGCUUAAACUCGGUGCGAAACGCGAUAAAUCGUUGAUGCAAUUGGAGGAGGAAGAGAUUACAAAUGAUUGUUCAGUUACUGAUGAAGUGAAUAUGGAUGUGGAUUGUGCUCCGGCGACAGUAACUGUAAUUGAUUCGUUCUCUGUUGGUGAUGUUGGUAUAAUGACAUUGAUGGACACUGAUUGUUCUUCUUCUGUAACCAAUGCAUCACCUAUUGUUGUUGCUAGUGAAAGUGAUAGUAUUUCUACUGAGAAUAAUGUGGAAAAGCCGCGGCAAAAUAAUGUUUCAAUUCUAGAUUUUUUUAAACCUAAGGAUCCUGUGAAUUGCGUGAAUUUGUCGACUAAGAAUGAUAGCUGUGGUUCUGUUUCGUCGUCGGGUUCUGUUGUAUCUAAUGGCACAGGAAGUGAAUUGUGUGAAUGAAUGUAUGAAUGGUUGAAGAUGGCGCUUUUGAAUUAGAAGCAUGGAAAUCGGUAAUUAUGCCUACUGUUUUAUGUAGAUUAAAUUUCAUCUGUCAUAUUUUGUUGUAUUGUAUGAUUGUAUCACGCAUUCGCGCUCCAUAGCUUAUACCCUCAAUGUGUAUCAUGUACUAUUAUUUAAAUUUUUGAAAUGAAAUACAGUGGAAAUUUUAUUAAAUUUGGAGAAUUAUAUCUGUCUGCUUAUUUGAUAAUGAAUCUUGUUCAGCAAUGUGUAGGAUGUAAUGCUGUAUUUAUUUCCAAAUAUAGUUUUUUGUUUAUACAUGCUGCAUUUUCUUUAGGUAACAGCAUACCCCAAUUCAAACCUGAUUACUGUACUGACUCAAGAGUCAAGCAAGGGAAGCAUAUGAUUUAAUACUUCUACAAAAAAUUAUUUACUAUUAGUGAGGUUAGGGAGUUUAAUUUGAAGCAGUGUGUCAAAGAGGCUUCGGUUAUAAGUCACUAUUAGAAAGGGGUCUUAGUGUCUGACUCUCUCUUACAAGUUUGCUUUAGGUCUACUCGAGACCUUUAGAUGAGAUAAACAGAUUAUUUUCCGUUGUUGGGCACCCUGAAUUGAUGUCAUAGAACUACAAAAUGGUAUAGAAUUGGAUACAACUCGAAUACAAA